AUGACCGACAGUUCGGAUUUCGAGAGCAACAACAAAGCCGACAUGGACACGCCAAGGCCAGCUGCGUCUAGCCAUGACGAGCACGAUUCAGCUGAGAGCGUCUCCGAAAAUCCAGAUAGCGCUACAGCCUCACCUACGGACAAAGUGGAGCCCGAGUAUCUGACUGGCCUCCGACUGGGCCUUGUCAUGUUCACAAUCUUCGUGAGCACCAUUCUUGUUUCUCUAGAGAUUGGCAUCAUCGCAACCGCAAUCCCCGGUAUCACCAACGACUUUCGCAAACUCGACGAUGUGGGCUGGUAUGGCAGCGCAACAUUUAUUCUCGCCGCCGCUGCCUCGCCAUUGUGGGGCAAGCUGUACAAGUACCUCAACGUCAAAUGGGUCUAUCUCAGCGCAGUCGGCAUCUUUUUGGUAGGCAGUAUCGUAGCUGCUGCCGCACCGAAUAGCAUUGCCGUCAUUUUUGGCCGCGCCCUUCAAGGUUGGGGAGCUUCUGGUGUUCUUGGUGGCACUCUCAUCGUCAUCAACUAUGUGGCUCCGCCUAGAAACCAUCCUCUUCUAAUCGGCCUUUGGAUGGCCGUCUUCAUGGUGUCCACUAUCCUUGGGCCAGUCAUCGGCGGUGCAUUCACAAGUGGCGUUUCGUGGAGAUGGUGUUUCUGGAUCAACUUGCCCGUUGGUGGUCCCAUCGUCGUCCUGCUAUUGCUGUUCCUUCGCAUACCGGAUCACAUCAAGCCCGUUCCUGCUACAUGGAAAGAGAUUAUCCUCAACCUCGAUAUCCCGGGCUUCUGCCUGCUACUCGUAUCUCUCGUCUGUUUGACUCUCGCGCUUCAAUGGGGUGGUCAGACCAAAACCUGGAACGACGGCUCUGUAAUUGCCACUCUUGUUCUCUGGAUCCUGCUCACAAUUGGGUUCUUCGUUGUCCAAUGGCUGCAAGGAGCACGCGCCAUGGCUCCUUUGAGCAUCCUGAAACAGCGUACGACAUGGAGUAAUAUCGUUUUCUGCCUCGUGUCCUACGCUGCGCUCUACCAAGUCAUGUUCUACCUCCCCAUCUACUUCCAAUCUGUCCAUGGUCAAUCCGCAGUCACAAGUGGUGUCAAUACACUCCCAUUCCUCGCCUUUUUCGCUCUGGGAGCCAUGGUCAGCGGUGGCGCUAUCGGAAAGACGCGCUACACACAACCCUUCGAGCUUGCCGGUGCCUUGAUCAUGACUGCCGGUAUGGCCCUCAUCUAUAUCCUCGAUGUCGACUCUCCCAAAGCCAAGUACAUUGGCGCCGAGGUACUCUUUGGUUUUGGAAUCGGGUUGUGUAACCAGGUCCCCAUGACGGCUGUUCAGGGCUUCUCAAAACCCGACGAAGUCGCCAGCGCUACGGGAAUCAUGGUCAUGUGCCAAACCCUCAGCGGUGCCUACUUUGUUGCCAUCGCGCAGUCCCUUUUCGCUAAUCGCAUGCUGCAUACCCUCACCUCGGGCUCAAACCACCUUGAUGUUGCCCUUGUUCUGGGAACCGGAGCUUCCGAACUGCAGGAUGUAUUCAGUGGCGACGAUUUAACUGCAGUAAUUGCCGCCUACAUGGUGGGUAUCAAAGAUGUAUUCACCUUCUCAUUAGCAGCUGCCGCCUUCUCAGUUAUAUUGACCGCCCUUAUCCCUUUCAAGAGGCUGCCUGAUCACGGUAAGAAGCCAACCAAAGAGGCGGAGGCGAAGGCUUUAGAGAAGGAUCAACAAGAGAAGGAAGUUGUUGUCUAG